AUGUCGUCAUACCGCACAGUCUGUCGCCGCUGUGCGAGAGCGCUCGACCAACGCAGCACGCGACACCUAGCCGCUCCCCUCGUCCGCCACUACUCCGACCAGAGCUCCCCCAAACCUCCUUCUCCCGUCACCGACCAACCCGACAAUGGUCCCGAAGCCACCGGGUCCGAACCGGGGCCCAUGGCGCGCCGCCUCGAGGAAGCCACCGAGGAAGCCCUCCUGACGGGAGGCCGCGCGGGCCGCCGGGCUGUCGAGGACGCCGGCUUCAGCGACGAGCUCAAGCAGCGGCUCUUGAACCGCAUCGCCGACGCCAACUUCCGCGCCGACCACUCCGAGGCCCUCAACGCCGCCGGCAUCGACCCAAACACCAUGCAGAGCAGCAUCCCCGCCUCGGCGGGCGAGGGGACGCGCGCCGCCGCCACGGCCCGGGCCUGGACGGGCGAGGAGGCGACCGAGGACGCGGUCCUGCGCAUGCUCGACGACGCGCGGAAGCAGCUGCGGCCCGAGCUGCGCGGCAAGCCGAAGCUGCCGGACCUGGCGCCGGUGGACAUGCGCCUGCGGGGCCAGUCGAGCGCCAGCCCCGGGCGCAAGGUCGCCGCCGCCAGGGACCGGGCGUCGUCGUACGUGGGCAUGGGGCUCGGCGCCGGCGCCAGCGUCGGCAUCGGCAAGCAGGGCAAGGGCCUCACGGACAAGGAGCGGGAGGAACUGCGGCAGGAGUUCCGCGAGCGGUUCCAGCCGGGAGCGCGGGCGAUGCCCAACACGAUCACGGGCCUGGCGGCGCUGGCCAACGAGCGGAUCGAGGACGCCAUCGCGCGCGGCCAGUUCAAGGACAUACCGCGCGGCAAGGGCAUCGAGCGGGACGCGCGGGCCGACAACCCCUUCAUCGACACGACCGAGUACAUCAUGAACAAGAUGAUCAAGCGGCAGGACAUUGUGCCGCCGUGGAUCGAGAAGCAGCAGGAGCUCGUCAAGGCGGCCGGGAUAUUCCGCGCGCGCCUGCGCAACGACUGGAAGAGGCACGUGGCGAGGAUGAUUGCGAGUAAAGGCGGGUCGCUCGAGGAGCAGAUGCGGCGGGCCGAGGAUCACGCGCGGGCGGAGGAGGUGCAUAACCCGCGGCGGAGGAACGUCGAUGAGAUUGCCGUGCCGACGAGCUCGACGGACGACCCCGUCAUGGUCAAGAUGCGGGCGCAAGGAUUGGCUCUUGAACCUGAUGCUGAUGGUGGCGUGUCGUCUGAUGCCAAUACGGCGGGAGAAGAGGGGAAAGAGGCCAGCGGCGAACCGCACAUUUCGGUGGUCAAGCCGUUCCGGGAUCCGGACUGGGAGGCUGCGGAGCGGAGCUACAUGGAGCUGGCCGUGGCCUACCUCAACACGAUGACGAGGUCCUACAACCUGCUUGCCCCGGACCUAGCUAAGAAGCCGUACUUCUCGCUGGACCGGGAGCUCAAGGCGUGCUUUGCGGAUGUGGCGCCGCAGGUGGCCGACAAGAUCAGGGAGCGGGCGACGCGGCCGGCGAGGUCGUUUGUCGAGCCGGUCGGGAGUGGCACCAGCAUCCUGGACAAGUUCGGCGGGCCGGCCACCCGUGCGAGGGUACACGAUUCCAAGACGCCCAAUUACGGUUUCAAGGAGAUGUGGCGAGAUCUCUGGUCUCGGCCUGAUCAUCAAUGA